AUGUUGUACUCACUAUUUUUUGCGACAGUCACGGUAUUAACCAAUACAAAAGCAUUAGCAGUCGAUACGAAAAUAACAAAGACAAAAUCAAAUUUCUUUGAUCCAGCUCUUUCGUCGAAUGCAUAUGUUGGCCGCAUGCAAGAAAACGAACGCAUAGUUGAACUUAAACCUCGUCUAUCAGCAACCGAUGGUGAUCCAUCCAAUUCUCCCAAUGGGCAAAUUUGUGGUUACGAAUUAUCAUUACAUAAACAUGAUGAUGUCAUUGAUGACACGUCACAAAAUAUACCAUUUGUAGUCGCACUCAUCAAUGGAAAACCUAGUGUUCAACUCAAAACAAGUAUCAAUAAACUCGAUUGUGAAAUUAAACAAUCGUAUCGUUUAUUUGUUCGUGCCUAUGAUUGUGCCAGUAGUAGUGAACGUCGAUAUUCGGAAAGAGCAUCGUUAGUAAUUACACUUGAUGAUGUCAAUGAAUUUGUGCCGAUGUUUACACACCAGAGUUAUUUAUUUAAAUUACAUCAAGAUCAAAGUUGCUCAUCGUGCCGUGUUGAAGCAACGGAUGAUGAUUGUUCAAAUGUAGAUCAUCGUGUAUGCGAUUAUCAAAUAGUAACACCUGAUGUUCCAUUUACUAUUGAUUCAAACGGUUCAAUAUCUAUCAAAGCACCUUUAACGAAUGAUAAAUAUGAAUUUGAUGUCGUUGCCAUCGAUUGCUACAUGUCACCAUUGGACAACGCAGUCAGAACAAUCAGUGAACCUUCACGAGUUACGAUUAAAAUUCUCAAAUCAUGUAAACCAACGAUCUCAGAUAAUAAUCCAACAAAAUUAACGAUUCAAACUGAUCAUACACAUAUAUUCGAAACUGUUCAUGUCGAUGUAUGCGAUGAAACCUGUGCUGUUGAAGAUAUUACUGGUACCAUUAUGUUCGAUAGCAAUGGAAUAGAUAGCGGUUGUAAUCUUGAACAAUGUUCAUCUAUCAAUCGUGAAUAUGUUUUAACACCGAAAGAUGUCGACUGUAAUCAAGCACCUCAAUCGCAUUUCAUGUCAUUUGAUGGUCUUAGCAAAAGUUUAGUGAUUCCGAAAGCUGACUUUUCUGGCGCAUUCAGAAAUGAUUUUACUAUUCGUAUGUGGAUGAAACAUACCGAUGAAGAUAGCUCGGAAAAAGAGCAUAUCUUUUGUAAAAGUGACGAAAAGCUUAAAAAUCGUCAUCAUACUGCUCUAUUUAUUCAAGACGGCAAUUUAAAAUUAUUAAUACGUGCUGGUCCAUUAUCAACUAAUGACAAAAUCCUUCAUGCAUCGGAAUGGCUCUGGAAGUUAUCAGAAAUCAAUGAUAAUCAAUGGCAUUCAUACAAAUUAUUUGUCAAUUAUCCUAUUAACACUGAUUUAUAUAUUGAUGAUCAAUUAUUUGUACCAACAGAGGAAAAUUUUAGAAUCGUUGAAGACUUUGCAUUACCGAUUAUCGAAGGAACCGGAGAGACGAUUUUUGCUGUAGGAGCUUGUUGGCACGCUCGAGCAUCUCGUAUGGUACAACAUUUUAAUGGUCAACUAUCAGGUCUUACAAUUGAACAAAAAGAAGAAUUUCCUAAAACACAAUCUUGUAUUCAAGAUUGUCAACAAUAUAUUGACAUGCCAGAUAUUCAAGAGCAAUCGAGCAUUACAUUCAGUAGUAAUUCAAAUCGAUCGGUUUGGAAUUUACGUACAGAUUCCAGUGCAGCUUAUGAAGAAUUAUUAAAACAUAUUGUUUAUCGUAAUACAUUUCAACCGAUUGGUCCGUCUGGUCAACGAACAGUAUCAAUACAAACUACAUUGAAAUGUUUAGGUGAAAAUUAUACAUAUAAUCUACCACAAUUUACUCGACGUUUAUCAAUCGAUGAAAUUAUUCUUUCGAAAAACAUCGAACUCGAAGGCGAUACCAACUUUUUUGUAUCGGAACAAAUAAUUGAUCAAGGAAUUUAUUUAUUCGGAAAUUUGUCAAUCUCGACUGAUGCUACAAUAAGAGCUGACGUAGAAUUAAGUGAUUGCAGUAUUAAUACAUCACCAGAUCUAACCAACGAUGAACAAUUAAUUGUAUCUGAUGAUACUCUAGAUAUAAAUAAUCUGCAAAAAGAUCUAACACAAACUGGAUUGAUUCUAACAGGCGUUGGCUCAAUUGAAUCGUAUCAAAGUAUUCUACGUAAUAUAGUCUAUUCAUCGAAAUCACCCACAUCAUAUAUCGAUCGAAUAUUUUCACUUGUUUGUCUUAAAACACAUGAUCAAGUAUCAACAAAUGAAAUUCUUGUUCGAAUCCACACAGAAAAACAAGCAGCUCCAUCAGCUCCUGCUGCUGCAGUUUUAUCGAAUAAAUUAUAUGUUGAUAACGAUCAAAUUAGAGAUACAAUAUUUGACAUGGCAGAAAAUUCUCGAUCAAUGAAAAAUAGUUCAGGUAAAAUUUUUUCUCUUACUAAGAUAAAUAUUAUGCAUAUGCGUAUGUCGCAACUGUUAACCCGUUCAGAACAAUAA